UUUGCCGCCAUAUCGCAAACAUCAGACUGAUGUUCUAAAUUCAAAAAUCUGUUGGUUUAAAAAAAGAAGUUCUAUUUUCAAAGUAAAAAUGUUAAGGACAAGUUUGUGUGUUGUAUUUUGUUUGUUUUUAAAACAUGUGAUGGCCGACAACGACACAUUCGUUUUGACGCCAAAAAUGGCCCAGCAAUGCAAAGAACACAUAUGCCGCGAUGGGUACAGUUACAAAACGUUCUACAGUGUAGACAGUGACAACUUGAAGGCGGUCGCCAAAGAUGCUGACACGGCUUUCGAAAUGCAUAUCGGCAUACAAGCAGGGAGCAAUGGACAUAUCUUACUGUCGCCGAUUUAUAAACCUGGUUAUAAGGAUCCUGUUUAUGAGAUUGUGGUCGGCGGCGGAGGCAACCAAUUCACGGAACUACGGCGCAACUUGAAGAGGAACGCCCGCAGUUCUGUCAAAACACCAAGAAUAUUAUCCAGUUUCGAAGUCAGGGGAUUCUAUAUUAAGAUUACGCAAGAUGGUAUUAUUGAAUUUGGCAAGGAAGGAUCAGCACUACCCCUGCUCAGCUACAUAGAUGUGGAUCCUCUUGAAAUUAAAUAUUUUAGCUUCGCAGCGUGGACGGGAGUCGAAGCUAAAUUCCUGUAUGACUGUCCAAUACCUAGUGGGAAUGGGACCGAACCGUCACCAGACUCAAAAGAGAUUGAACCACCCCUUUCAAUAUCUGAUGAGUUAAAGAGAUCCCGCUUGUUAUACCGGUUGCCAUGGAUACCGCCAAAACCACAAAUGGAUGUGAGGUUAGGCAUCAAAGUUACUAAUGUGAAAUAUGAUGCCUUCAAAUCGAAACUGGUUACUGCAAUGUCCGUUGUUAUUAGUUGGACAGACGAGAGCAUGGCGUGGUUUCCAGGAAAAUUCAAUAAUACACUCAGCCUUAAAUUCAGACAGGGACAAAUCUGGAGACCGAAGUUCCACGUUUUUAAUUCAGACAACGAAGGCAUAUUCGACGCAAGAAACUCGGAUCUAAUAUCAAUGUCGUACAAUGGCGAGGCGACUUUCCAUUUUCAGACUAAGGUUUACACAUGGUGUGUUGAUUCCCCACCGGGCUUGAGCAAAUGGCCCCACGACGAAUACAUGUGCUCCAUAGUAAUUCAGCCUUGGGAGGCUCAUGAAAAAAUUUUUAUUGAUCCCAUAGACCCUAAAGACGCUAAAAUGCAUAUUUUUUCAGACAUAGAUGAAGUAAUAAAUAAUGAAUGGGAAAUGACUACUAAGCAAAUAGUGAUAGGGCCUACAAUAUGGAACAAAGUUUAUAUCACUGACGAUAAUGAGACGCAUCAGAGUGACCGUAUGAUCAUCAACGUUCAAGUCAAGAGGAGAGCAGAGGCUUAUAAUAUUGUCUUUUAUACGCCUUUGGUUGUACUAAUGUGGUUUGUGCUGAUGUCUUUCUGGAGCGAGCCUCUGACCAUGAACAGAAUUUGGUUCCUUACUUCGUGCACCAUUGUUAUUUGUAUGGGACUCUGUUACAUCGACUAUUUGAUACCUUCUCAUACCACGCCUUCUAUUUUGGUACUCUACACUACGGUUUUAGCAGGAGUAUUGCUGGCCAUACUAAUACAAGUGUGUCUGAUGACCCCAGAAAUGGAAAGCAUUCGAACAACUGAAACAGUGCAGAAAGUUAUGAACGUUAACAUUUUACGAACUAUAUUUUGUAUGCCUGGUUAUUUAACAUCAUCAGACAGAAAUGGCGGCUACUCUCUUCAAGAAGAUGAAGACCCUCAACCAAUUCCUAUAACCAGGGACAUAGAAGAAAUGGAGUCUGAAAGCCAAAGAAUGCUAGGUGACAAGAAGGAUUUAGCUGAGUUUGUAGAUAGAAUCCUCUUUGUUAUAUACUCUAUUACUUUCGCUGCUAUGCUGGCAGCACAUUUUUGAUUAGAUUUUAAAUAAAGAAUCUUUUUGCAA